AUGGAAGAGCCAAGCGAAGAGUGGGAAAUCGAAGAUGAAAAUGGGUCGUCUUCUUUUGAAGAAGAGAAGAUUGAGAAAAGUGGGGUGGGUUGGAUCUUGGACAAAAGUCUGAGCUUGGGAAAGAAGGUUGUGGUUACUGGUAUUUUAAUAUCAUCUGCUCCGCUGGUUCUUCCUCCUCUUGUGGUUAUUUCUGCAAUUGGGCUCGCCUUUUCGGUCCCUUUUGGAUUUAUCUAUGCCAGUUAUGCCUGCACUGAACAACUCAUGAGCAAAUUGCUGCCGGAAACUGUGCCAUCUAUUACAUGGGAGAAUACAAAAUCUUUGAUAUUACAGGAGGAACAAGAAGAGGAAGAAGAAGAAGGUGAAAACGCUUCUAUUGAUAAGGGGGAUUUUGAUGUAGUUGCGUUGGAGGAAGAGGACAGGGAACAAGAAGAAGAUGAAUUCGGAAAUUCAUUGCUGGUCAAGGGGUAUUUAGUUGCAAUGGAGGAAGGGGAAAGGGAAAAAGAGGAGGAACGGGUAGAAGAAGAAGUUGAAAGUGUAUCCCUGGUUCAGGCGGACGUAGUUGCAAUGGAUGAAGAGGAAAGGGAACAAGUAGAAGUCCAAAACGAAUCCCUUGUUAAGGGGAACGUAGUUGCAAUGGAGGAAAAGGUACGAGAGCGUGACAUGAAGGACGGAAUUGAAGUGAGAAUUGAAUUGGUAGAAGAUAAAAGCAAGGAAAAUGGUAAUGAUGAUACUAAGGUUAGAGAAGUCAUUAAGGAUGAUCAAGGGAAAGUACUUAGCAGAGAUGACAUUUUAGAAGAACAAGACUACAAGGAAAAUGAGUCGCUGGAGAGAAUGGAUGAUAUUGAAAUUAAAGAACUGGAUAAAGAAAGAGACGAAGAACCCCCUUUAGAAUGCAAGGGUGAAAAGCCAAUAGGAGUUGAAGAGGAUAGGAAAUUUGAAGGGGAAAAUAUGGAACCCCUCGAAUUUGUUGGGGAUGUGGGUUGUGCUAGAGAGGAUGCGAAAAACAGUGAACACUGUUUAAAAGUUCCACCUGUUGAUUAUGUGGAGGAUGAGAAGAAUGUCGAAAGUAGGAAACGAGAGGAUAUGUCUGUGGAUAAAAAUGACAAGAAUGUUGCAAUUAGGGAAGAAGAGGACGUGGUCCAAGACACAAAGGGAAAAUAUGAAGAAACGGGGGAGGAGACAAAUGUAAAAGCGAUCAAAGAACAUAAUGGUAAAGAGUUGAACAGUGUUCCAAAUGAUAUCAAGCAAGAUGGAGAAAUGGAAGGCACGUUGCUAGAGAAAGGAGAUGCAGAUCAUAGCAAAAUUAGUUCGGCAUCUAGGAAAUCAACAGACAGGGAAAAUGAUUUGAUUAAUAGCAAACAUGAUACACCGCAGGGGGACAGUGCUGGCUCUGUUGUAUAUAGUGAUCCUGUAUGUGAGAAAAGUGAGGAAAAUAUCAUCAGUCAAGAAGUGAGUUCAAAUACUGAAGCUGAGGGUGAGAGUCGUAGUGGUCUGUUUACUUUGACAGAUCGCAACAAAGCAGAAGCAAAUGACUAUGCAGUAACUAUUUCACCAGAUCAAAGCAAAGGUUCUGUGGAUGAUGUAGCAUUACCACGGGUACCUGAAUCGAAACAUGAUGCGGAAACCAAGUCGAAAGGCAAUAGAAAUGUUUCUGAGACAGAUGGUGCUCUAAGUUCUGAUGAGGGGUUGCUCACUGAAGAAAAGGUUUGGACACAGAUCGAUGCUGUCAAAGCAAUAAUUGGUUACAGAGAACGCCAAUCUGCUUCCAUUUAUGAAGAGGUGAAGGCUUUGUAUGUUUUCACGGGAGUUGAGCCCCUCUCAUCAUUUGAUGAGUCAUCGGAUGUUUCAGAGGUCUAUGGAAAUCUCCGACUUCUCAUGUCAGUGAUAGGAAUAAAAUGA